AUGACGGAACAGGCGGGGCGGGAGAAGCCUGCGCGGCGGAUUUCCUGCUGUUCUCCGUCAGCCUGUCUCUCUCAGGCGCUGGUUCGGUCCAUUAAUUAGCCGGGGGUGUCGCUUUGCUGCAGCGGAGAGCUCAGGAUUAGCCCGCUAUUCCCCUCCGUCCCUCACUGCUUGGCCUGCCCCUCCUCCGCUGUGUGAAGUUUUCCUCUCCUGGGUCUGGCCACUCGCAGCCUACAAGAUGCCGGCCGUGUCAAAAGGGGACGGGAUGCGGGGACUGGCCGUCUUCAUCUCCGACAUCAGGAACUGUAAAAGCAAAGAAGCUGAGAUUAAACGAAUCAACAAGGAACUGGCAAAUAUACGGUCUAAAUUUAAGGGAGAUAAAGCCCUGGAUGGCUACAGUAAGAAGAAAUAUGUAUGUAAACUGCUCUUCAUCUUCCUGCUUGGCCAUGACAUCGAUUUUGGACACAUGGAAGCGGUCAACUUGCUGAGCUCAAACAAAUACACAGAAAAACAGAUUGGCUACCUUUUUAUCUCUGUUCUGGUGAAUUCCAACAGUGAACUAAUCCGCCUUAUUAAUAAUGCAAUCAAGAAUGACCUGGCCAGCCGCAACCCCACUUUCAUGUGCCUGGCAUUGCAUUGCAUCGCCAAUGUUGGCAGCAGAGAAAUGGCAGAAGCUUUUGCAUCAGAGAUCCCCAGAAUCCUUGUUGCUGGUGACACCAUGGACAGCGUAAAGCAGAGUGCAGCUCUUUGCUUGUUAAGACUUUACAAGACCUCACCCGACCUUGUGCCUAUGGGCGAAUGGACAUCGCGUGUGGUCCACCUCCUUAAUGAUCAACAUAUGGGAGUGGUGACUGCAGCUGUCAGCCUCAUAACUUGCCUCUGCAGAAAGAAUCCAGACGACUUCAAGACAUGUGUGUCUCUGGCAGUUUCCAGACUCAGUCGGAUUGUAUCUUCAGCCUCCACUGAUCUGCAGGAUUAUACAUAUUAUUUUGUCCCUGCUCCCUGGCUCUCUGUAAAGCUGUUGCGCCUUCUCCAGUGUUAUCCUCCUCCAGAGGAUGCUGCUGUGAAGGGUCGUUUAGUGGAGUGCCUGGAAACUAUCCUGAACAAAGCACAAGAGCCACCAAAGUCCAAAAAGGUGCAGCAUUCCAAUGCAAAAAAUGCUAUUCUAUUUGAGGCCAUCAGUCUGAUUAUCCAUUAUGACAGUGAACCUAACUUGCUGGUUAGAGCCUGUAACCAGCUGGGCCAGUUUCUGCAACAUCGGGAGACCAAUCUGCGCUAUUUAGCCCUGGAAAGUAUGUGUACAUUAGCCAGCUCAGAAUUUUCCCAUGAGGCUGUAAAAACACAUAUUGAAACAGUCAUUAAUGCUUUAAAGACAGAGAGGGAUGUAAGUGUAAGGCAGCGGGCUGCUGACCUCCUGUAUGCAAUGUGUGAUCGUACAAAUGCUAAGCAGAUUGUAUCCGAAAUGUUGAGCUACCUGGAAAAUGCAGACUACUCAAUUCGUGAGGAAAUUGUUCUGAAAGUGGCCAUUCUAGCUGAGAAGUAUGCUGUGGAUUACAGCUGGUACGUGGACACUAUCUUGAACUUGAUCCGCAUUGCUGGAGAUUAUGUCAGUGAGGAAGUCUGGUACCGUGUCAUCCAAAUUGUAAUUAACCGGGAUGAUGUGCAAGGCUAUGCGGCCAAAACAGUUUUUGAGGCCCUUCAGGCUCCUGCCUGCCAUGAGAACAUGGUAAAAGUAGGAGGAUAUAUCCUUGGAGAAUUUGGUAAUCUUAUUGCAGGAGAUCCUAGGUCCAGCCCACUGGUACAGUUCAACCUACUGCAUUCAAAGUUUCACUUGUGCAGCGUGUCAACUCGAGCCCUUCUCCUCUCCACUUACAUCAAGUUCAUCAAUUUAUUCCCUGAAACCAAACCCACGAUUCAAGAUGUGCUACGUUCAGAUAGUCAAAUCAGAAAUGCAGAUGUGGAGCUCCAGCAGAGAGCAGUAGAGUACCUGAAACUCAGCUCUAUUGCAAGCACUGAUGUCCUUGCUACAGUGCUGGAGGAGAUGCCACCUUUCCCUGAACGGGAAUCCUCUAUUCUGGCCAAGUUGAAGAAGAAGAAAGGACCAGGUGCAGUUAGUGAGUUAGAAGAAGGAAAGAAGGAUCCGGGCGCUGAGAUUAACGGUGGAGUGGAAGCCACACCCAGCACUGCAUCGACCCCAUCGCCAUCUGCUGAUCUCCUUGGUUUGCGGAGUGCCUCUAUAACAGGAUCAGCAGCACCCAGUGCUGGAAACCUCCUGGUGGAUGUUUUUUCAGACUCCUCUUCUGCCACUGCUUCUGUAGCUCCUGGAACUGACGAGAACUUUCUAAGUGACUUGGACCCGCCCUCUGAAAGUCCUGCGUCCCUGUUGGUCAAUGCAGACCAGCCUUCAGAUUCUGGCUCUACUGUUUCAGAGGAUCCUGCUUUGCCUAUCGCUGAGGCUGAUGAACUUCUCAACAAGUUUGUCUGCAAGAACAAUGGAGUACUUUUUGAGAACCAACUUUUGCAGAUCGGGGUAAAGUCGGAAUUCCGUCAGAACCUAGGACGUAUGUACCUGUUUUAUGGGAACAAAACAUCGGUGCAGUUCCAGAGCUUUACUUCAGCAGUAUCGUACCCAGGGGAGCUGCAGAACCAGCUCAACAUUCAGACCAAACCAGUGGAUCCCAUGGUGGAGGGUGGAGCACAGGUCCAGCAGGUGUUAAACAUUGAGUGCUUGGCAGACUUUGAUGAGGCUCCACUAACUAAUAUUAAAUUCAGGUACGGAGGAACGUUACAGAACAUCACAUUAAAAUUGCCGAUAACAAUCAACAAGUUCUUCCAAGCAACCGAGAUGCCGUCCCAGGACUUCUUCCAGCGGUGGAAACAGCUCAGCCUGCCACAGCAAGAAGCACAAAAGAUUUUUAAAGCUAACCAUGGCAUGGAUUCUGAAGUGACGAAAGCAAAGUUGUUGGGUUUUGGUACUGCGCUUCUAGAAAAUGUGGAUCCUAAUCCAGACAAUUUUGUGGGUGCUGGUAUCAUCCAGACUAAAACUAUUCAGGUUGGCUGUCUCUUGCGUCUAGAACCCAACAUCCAAGCUCAGAUGUAUCGACUUACCCUAAGAACCAGCAAAGAAACUGUCUCCAAGCACCUAUGUGAGCUUUUAUCGAAGCAGUUCUAAGUCAACAAGAAUAUUAUGGCAACAGACAGUAAAACUGGCAAACUUACACUACGUGGAGGGUUUACCAUGCAUCGAGCAAAUGUGUGUGUCAGUGUGCAUGUGACAGCAGAGGGCAGGGCUUUCCAUGUCACCUCUUUGCAGAUCGUCCUUGUUGUGUGCGCGUGUAUGCAUGUGUGUGCAGUCUACGUCUGGUAAAGCCCAAGAGACUCUGAGUGAAAAAUUCAAGGUUAACUAUUAAUAUUCUUCUUGUCCUAAGAUGUGUGGUCGUCCUACUAGAAUUUGUCGUUUUUUGCUGUGACUUUAAAUUUUAACUUGUUUGAAAGGGAUGCGUGAAGCCGGGGACCCUGACGUUCUAGAAAGGGGUGCCUCCCUUCAUGCGGCCUCUGCCUGUACUGUGGAUAAGGGAUCAGGCAUCGGUGCAUGCUGGCCCAAAUGCAUAUCACUCAACUGUCGAAAAGCUGCUUAUUUGGAAGGAUGUCUUGACAAACUGAAAUUUUCCACGAAGGGAAAACCAUAUCAGUGGUCACUUGUAUUCUUAACUUUAGUAUUGUCUGCCCAUGUGCUCCAUCAUCAUCUCUUUUUUUGUUUUGUUUUGUUUUGUGUUCCGUCUCAUCUCUAUCUUUAGAAAUGACACACAUUUUAGCACUUAUGUUAUUACAGAGAGAUAAACAAGUGGGAGUAUGUAGUUGAACAGGGCUGCGCCAGUUUUGUGAAGCCAAACUGCCCAUGGAACCAUAUUGGCAACGUUUUUUUUUAUUUGUUUUUAAAGGAUCAGUUUUACAUCCACUUUUUAAAUGGUAUGUCACAGCUAAGCCUAAAUAUACAGUUGUAAAUGAGUCUUUGAUUUUAUAUAUAUAAACAUCUACACGCA